AACAUAUUUCGUUCAAUGGCCAACGGUGAUUUAGGUAUCCGAUGUCGGGUGUGCAAUGGCCCGCCGGAAGUGUUCCUCUUUGCGUCUUACAACGGAUCAAAUCUCGCCAAGCUGAUGGCGGACUUUGCCAGUGUUUUGAUUAAGGAAAAUGAUGGAAAGUCAGCAAGUAUUUGUAUCGUUUGUGAAGAGAAACUCAAAUCAAGCUUGGAGUUUCGGAGACACGUACAAGAGGCUGAGAGAAGGCUGGAGUUGUGUCCGGAGAAUACCACUGCUAAGACAAUCAAACUAGAAGCUCUACCCGAUGAAGAGGAAUUAUACGAAUAUGAAUUUUUAGAUGAAUAUCCCGAUGAAACUAGUAAAAAUGAUCACGACUACGGCGGAGACAACGAUGCCCCUCCGGUCCCUCAAAUGGAUAAUGAGGAGUUAUUGAAAGUUUUGGAAGCUUCCGACAAUGAAGAUAGAAAUGUUGACUUUUGCAUAGAAUCUGAGAUGGAAGGUGAAAAAAUAGUAGAGGAUGAAGACGUUAAAUUUCCCUUUGAAAAGCCUUCCGAGGAAAGAAUCGCUCAGCGGUUAACAUUCGAAGAUUUCGAAUAUCUAGAAAUCGAUGGUGAUCGCUGCUGUGGAUGUAGCUUUAUUGCUGCAAAUCGAGACGAAUUGAUGCAGCAUUCAAAACAUAAUCACUCACAAAACUAUUAUGCUGAUAGUGGGUACACUUGCCCAACGUGCUACCAGAAAUUUCAAACCCAAGAUAGAUUGGCUAAUCAUAUUGAUUAUUACUCUUAUAGUGAUGUAUUUCUGUGCACGAUUUGUAACGAAUCAUUUGUGCAUAAAAGCCAUCUAAAAACUCAUCAGGACUCUAGUCAUAUGCUUCAAUCCCAAGCAGUAGCUACUAAUCAAAAAUCAAAAGUGAAACGCCGCUCGAAACACGCUAACCGUACAAUACGACCGCAAAUGCGAACCGGUGAAACAAUUCCAAAGUAUGUCUGUUGUUUUGUUCGUUGUUGGGAUGGUUUCAAUACUGAAGACGAACUUUUAGCCCAUGUGAAGCAGGUUCAUGAUGGUAAACGCAGGGAGAAUGACCUGGCCUGCUUGAAACAGAAUACGACAGCAACAAAGCACGUUUGUUCCGUGUGUCAUCGGCCAUUUGAAUCCGAAAGUAAAUUGCUUUUCCAUCACUCUUACAAACAAAAGCGUGACGAAUAUAUUUGCCUAGAAUGUGGUAAAAGUUUUCACAAACCAAGUCUUCUACGAGAUCACGAGGAAAAGGAUCAUAGUUCAUUAUCGCCGAAGUACGGAUGCGAUAUUUGUGGGAAAUAUUUCUGGAAGCAAUCAGUGCUUAAAACACAUCGCAAAAUUCAUGUUCCAUUUGAGAACGUGCCCUGCAGCGAACCUGGUUGUGAGCUAGUAUUCAGAGACACAGCAUUAAUGAAACGCCACUGCCGAAAUGUGCACGGGGAAAUGCCCUGGCAGUGUCGAUUUUGCCCGAAAAAGCUGCGAACCAAGGAAGCCAUAGAUAUCCACGAACGAACUCAUACGGGAGAAAGGCCCUUCCCUUGCCGGCAUGGCUGCGAUCGUAGGUUUGCCCACGCGACAGAUCGAGUGAGACACGAACGGUCAGUGCACACUAGCGAAAAGCCACACAAAUGCGGUCAAUGCAAUGCGGCGUACGUUCGGAAGCGAGAACUUGUGCUGCAUGUAAAAAGAUGUCACAGGAGCAAUGAAAAGUAAAAG